AUGUUGUCCCUAGCUCUUAACCCGCAGAAUCUCCUACCAACUUUCUUCCAUUAUCGCUUCUUUGUAUCUCCUCCCCUCACUUCUUCCCACGUCCACCCUCAUCAUCAAACGACCCUGUCCCCUAAACUCAGUCUCUCUCCAUCAUCAUCUUCGAAUCCUCAACAAUGGCCAGUAUCAUCAAAGAGCGCGACAAACCCGAAGUUCGGUCCAGUUCCCAUCUCCGCAGAUACCCUUGGCGAAUUCUAUCUCAACGAACUUACUGCGAUUGAAGAACAGUACCACAAGCUCCCCGAAGUAGUUAUACUGGAUGCUAAGUUCAAAACAAGCUCAGGCGACGUCCGCGUCGAGCUCCCUAUGGCUUUCAGAGGCCCUAUGCUAUUUAACUGA